AUGGGACAAGUCUUGGGCCCUAUUGCCGGGGGCUUUUUGACAGAGCGCACGUCAUGGCGUUGGGCGUUCUACGCAACGUCCAUCAUAGACGGCUGCGUGCAGCUCUUCGGCCUUCUCUUCCUCGACGAGUCAUACACGCCCGUUCUUCUCCGAAGGAAAAGGGACCGCCUUACGAAAGAAGGAGCCACAGGCCUUUACACAGAACACGACUUCCCAAGCGACUCAAAGCUUGAACUGAUGCGGACAAUCAUGAUCCGCCCAAUCAAGCUUCUCUCAACGCAACCCAUAGUGCAAGUCAUGGCAUUGUAUCAAGGCUACCUCUACGGUAACAUCUACAUCCUCUAUUCCUCUAUCGCAGUCCUCUGGACAACCCGUUACCACGAGAAACUUGACAUAGCAUCACUCCACUACCUCGCACUGGGCCUAGGAACAGCCUUCGCAGCAGAAGUAGCAACCCACAUCAACGACCGCAUAUUCCGCAUUCUAACUAAGCGGAACGGCGGCAAAGGUCUGCCUGAGUUUCGCAUACCCAUCAUGAUACCAGCCACAGUUAUCCUGUCUAUUGGUCUCUUCUGGUACGGCUGGAGUGCGGAAGCCCGUAUAUUCUGGCUGAUGCCGGAUAUUGGCAUUGCGCUGUUCGCGGCCGCCGCGUACAUAUGCACGGUCUCGAAUAAUAUCUACGUGGUGGAUACGUAUGGGCGAUACUCUGCUAGUGCGCUUGCUGCGACGUCAAUGCUCCGGUGUCUGGCGGGAUUUGUAUUUCCGUUGUUCUCUCCAUAUGCAUAUGAACGGAUAGGGUAUGGCUGGACCUCAAGCAUACUUGGUAUCAUUGCACUGUGCAUUGGUCUGACUGGCGUUAUAUUCAUUUGGAAGUUUGGGCAUGUAUUGAGGAAGAAGAGCCCUUAUUGUGCUAGUCGUGAUGUUGAUGAUUGUUGA